AAGGGUACAUAUUAAAGUACAGAGAGAACAAAUGGCAGUAGAUUGGCUGAGGAGUGCUGUAUCUCAAAGGCAGGUAUCAAAAACAUCACCUUGGAUCUAAAGACAUAUCAUGAGACCAAAACACUUUUUCAAGGCUUAGUAUUCUUAUGCCCUAACCUUUCUAAUUUUUUGGUAAAUGUUGUUUUUGCAAGAGGAGCGUGACAUACUGAAAUAACCUAGAUAGGAAGAACUGAUAUAUAUAUAUAUAUAUCUUGGUUUUUAGAGCGAUCAAGAGUGGUUGUUGUCAUGUAUUUCUAUUCAAACAAUGAUUUAUAUGCCCAUUCAUUUAAUUGGUUGUAUCUUAUUUGUUUCAUCUAUGUAUAGAAGUUGCAUAUUAUAUUUGUAACACCUUUUUGGUCGAAUUUAUCUUAGAAGUUCAUGUUUUUAAUCUGUAUGUAGGUCCAGAGUGAAGUUGGGGACAAAAGCUAACAUGACUACUGGUGAUUUAGCGGGUACGAGCGUUGCGCGCUCUCGAUGUGUCUUGCUCUCGGAGCCAGUUCCCCCAUUCAUAUGUAAAUCAACCGUCAUAUAUACCUAGUACAUGCCCCCACGGAGCAGCAUUAAGAAGCCCAGUCCCUCAGCAAGCUUUGUUGGCCGCUGGGAUCGCCCGGCCAUCUGUCCCAUUAACAAACUGUAACGGCUCUUUGGAUUACACACCAACCUCCAGUCCAGUGGGUUUCUGGCAGCGCCUGGGUUAAACUUUAACAACAUGGCCCCCAUCCGUUACAACUCAAACGACAUGGACAGAGGUGAUAACUGCAGUGAAAUCAAGUCUGACAGAAAGAUGAGAAAACCUCUGGUCGAGAAGAAAAGAAGGGCUCGCAUCAAUGAAAGUUUACAAGAACUCAGAGUUCUCAUGGCGGAUGCAGACUUACAAUCAAAGAUGGAGAAUGCCGAAGUGCUGGAGAUGACAGUGAAACGGGUGGAGAACAUCCUCCAAAACCGGGCUCAAGAAGUGGACGCCGUUAACCGGGAGGCCUGUGAGCGGUUUGCCGCAGGCUACAUCCAGUGUAUGCACGACGUGCACACAUUUGUGUCAAGCUCCCCGGGAAUUGACCCAAUAGUAGCCGCGGAGCUGUUGAACCACCUACUGGAGAGCAUGCCCCUUAACGACGAAGACCGCCUCCGGGUGUUGCUGCCGGACACGGUGGCAGAGUGCCCCGGCAGUAAAAGCAGCACUUGGUCCCUGAAUGAGAGCAUGUACACGGCUCUGGUGUCCCCGGCCCCCUCCACCACCUCCACCGAUGACCUCUGCUCUGACCUGGAUGAGACUACAGACUCGGAGCAAAGUCAUCUUUCUUCAGAGGAGGAGGCUGACUGCCAUGAUGUGUUGAGCUUGCCUUCUUUAACUUACUCCAAGUCAAUGUGGAGACCAUGGUAGAUCAUUAAAAAAAAAAGAAUAGCGUGUUUUAAACUACACUAGAUGAUUUAAUGCUUUGUGUUAGGCUGUUUUGUGGGGGAGACCUCAGUACAACCCUGCUGAGAUGACAACUUUGAAACUUGUUGAAAGGCAUCUAAGAAGCUCUUUGUAUAAUUAUUGGGGAACUACAAUUAAACUAAAGUGUAUUUAAUAAAUAAAGUAUGCAAUUAAAUCUGUUUUGCAGAGGUCAGAGACUUGUAGGGUCUUCAUUUGGAAGUGUAUUGGCCUUGUAUGGGCCUGCCUUCAGUGAAGGGGUAAAUGCAUAUGUAAAUAUUUACUUGUUACAUUUGAAUGGGCUGUAUAGAAGAUAGCUGUCCCACUAGAAAUACAUUGUUAGUUGUGUGUAAAUUAUUUUGUAUUUAGGGUGUCUUUAACUUAUAAGUGUCCAAUGACUUUUAGUAGGCUACCUCAUCUGAUUUGCCUAAGUUUCAACUUUUCAAUAAAUAUCUUUGUCUUUUAAAUUCUA